UGGCCAAACGUGAUGUGAUCUGUCCCUUGAAGGGGAGUAAGAACCAGAUUCUUCCAUAAAUUCUAAUGACAAGUGAUGAUAAUAUUAACGACACCUCAAUCCCCCAUUGUCAAAUCAAAUGUUGCCCAACACCUACUUAAGAUGUCGUGCGUGCCAAUUAGCUGACACCCGUUGUAUAAAUUCUUUCUUCGGAGGCAGAUUCCGGCAUUUUGAAAAUCGAGGUUGCAACGCUUAGCCAUCUCCCCGCAAAUAGCUAAACCAUGAACGGAUUAAUAAUUGUCGUAGUAGCACUUUUAGGAUGUGCAUAUGCUCAGAUGGAUAACCCAAUGGCCUUGGCUAUGCUUAGCGGGGGUCUACGUGGCAGUGCCAGCUCAGGAAUGUCCGGUGGCAUGGACCCAAUGAGCCUGGCCCUUUUGGGUGGAGCUGGAAACAGUAAGAUGUUGAGGAUGAUGACCUUCAUGAACAUGAUGAAGCCCCAGGAACCCACCCCCGCCGAGGCUACCGCCGCCGACCCCGCCCAGCCACGAGCCACCCAGGACAACACCAGCGUUAACCCAAUGAUGAACACCCUCAUGACCCUCAGUCUGUGCAAGAUCAGCGAGACCGCCGGGGACCAGAGAUUCUGUACUCCAUUCACCUGCAAACUGGAAUCUCUGCGCCGAUACGCUAACCCCAGCCUCCUGCAAUGCCAACAGAUGAUGGGAUGCUGCUUCAAGGAUAUGAGAUCCAUGUACAUUGCUAACAUGAUGAAGGGAUUGUAAAAAUAUUUUUUGUCUUGGAGAUAGAAGAAUAUCACAAGGUUCAUUUUUCAUUCCUCCAUUUUUUUUGUUCUGACGGACGACAAACCGGUGAUGCCAGCGUCUGGUCAACAAAGACUGAACAUCUAGGUGCCUCUCGUUUUUCAUCUGAUGGUCUUCAAAAGACUUGUUGUCACUGUACAUGUAAUUUAUUACAGCAUAAAUUAUUGUUUUUGUUAAUUAAAAAAACAACCAACGUUAAUGUAUUUUGUUUUAUGAUAUGAAUUCAUUGUUUUUUAAAGGCCGAAACCUUACGUGACAUUACUAAAGAACAAAGAGUGCAUUAAUUGAGUUAAUUUAUACAUGUAAAUGCACUUCGUUUUUGUAGUUUGGUGAUUAAAUCCAUGUGCAACCGUUGCAAAAUACAAUGUGCUAAGAAUAAAGUACACAAUAGCAAAGGAAAAUCAUAAGCUAUAGAAAAGCCUUCCUCUUUCGCGUAUUUAAUAUGUUUUCUCAAAGUAAAAGAAAAACAACAUUUUAAUUUGUUUUCGUUUUUCUGGGAUCCAAAUAUCACAGGCAUAAAACAGAGUUACAGCCUACUAGGAUUUAUCUACACGAGUACGUGAAAAA